UAAACAUCCUGAUCACUAUCAUAUCUGUGAUGCAAUUGUUCAUGCUGGAUAAUGUUUUCAUUUCGCUUAUCAUGCUCAUUUGAACAUUGCUUUCAACAUACUCGUAUCUUGUAUCACUUAAUACCUUGAAGUCUGGUCCCCGAAGGAGUAUGAUAGAGAAGAUUCUGAUCGUUAUCGACUGCUAUUUCAUUCGCCCUUGAACCUAUCGUAACAUGUGAAUUGGAUUCCAAUCUUUACCCCUUUGAACCUAUUCGCUUAAUAAAUAGAACUAAUAACAGUUUAUGCUUCCAUUCAACCUUAGACCUUCCAUAGCAAACACAUUUUCCUCUCUUGGACCUCAAAAUGUUUGACUUAUUAAAUCAAUGGUUUGUAGUUGCUUUAAUUAGUGUCAUAAGCUGGAUAUUCAUUUACACCAAGAAAAAUCACUCGUACUGGGAAAAACAAGGUGUUAAAGGGCCGAAACCCCUUUUCCUUAUUGGAAACACUGCAUUUUCAAAGUCAAUAACGGACGACUUGGUCGAUAAUUAUACUAAAUAUGGGAAAAUUUACGGGACUUAUCAAGGAACCAGCCCUCAUCUGCAUGUAGGGGAACCUGAACUUAUCCGGCAAAUAUGUUACAAAGAUUUUCACAUUUUCCCUCAAGGAUUUGAGCAGAACAUUCUUGGUUCAAUCGAGCGCAAUUUUUUGACCGCCUUGUAUGGAGAGAAGUGGAAGCGUAUGAGAAGCACAUUGUCACCUACUUUUACCAGAAAGAUGAAGAAAAUGUUUGAGUUGAUUAAAAUUUGUAACCAAGAAGCUCAAAAAAAACUGGUUAAAUUGACUUCUUCAAAGGAACCCGAUUUUGAUCCCAAAUAUUUCUGGGGUCGAUACAAUUUGGACGUCAUAACCAAGUGCUUUUUUGCUACGAGUUUUGAUGUUUACAACAGUUCAGAUGAUGAAGUAUUACGACAUUUCGUGAAAGCAUUUGAACCCAAUUGGAUUAAAAUUGUGUUUCUGGUGACAGCGCCUAAAUGGUUCCUUAGGAUGAUUAAAAUGAGUGGAGGUUCAGCCGAGAGUCUGAAUUAUCUUAAACAAUUGGCUCUUCCAAUAAUUGAACAGCGUAAAAAAGGCAACAAUAAAGGGAAUGACUUUCUUCAGCUAUUGAUUGACGCUGAAGUUGUGGGUAAAGAAGGGGAAGAGCUCAAAGGAGAAGCUAAAAAAUUGUCUUCAGAUGAAAUUAUCAGCUCAACUAUUAUCUUUCUUUUAGCUGGAUAUGAGACGACAUCAACCCUGUUGACUUGGGCUUGUUAUAGACUCUCUACCAAUCCAGAUAUUCAAGAAAAAUUGCAUCAAGAGGUUUCACAGGCCAACAUUGAAGAUUAUGAAGUUUUACAAGAUCUUCCCUACUUGGAGGCUGUUAUUUCGGAAACUCUAAGAAUCGAUCCUCCAAUUUUAUUAUUUCAACGUGUCUCUCAUUCUGAUUAUGUUUUACCAGGCACAGAAAUUAAGAUUAAAAAAGGAACCGUAGUUACUUUCCCAGUUUAUGCUAUGCAUCAUGAUCCAGAAAAUUAUCCUGACCCAGAAGUUUUUGAUCCAAAUAGAUUUUUGGAAGGUUCACCGAAACCAUUUACAUUCUUACCAUUUGGUGCUGGACCUCGAACCUGUAUCGGAAUGAGGUUUGCUCUGAUUAAUGCAAAGCUUUCACUGGCAUCGUUAGUUCGUAACUAUCAGCUGUUCCCUAAUGAUAAGACUCCAAGUGAAAUUGAACACGUUACAGGGACAUUCAUAAAGACAGCCAAGACGUUGACAUUGGGCAUCAAACCAAGAUAUUGAAUCAUUUACAGUUUGGUAUUUUUUUGUGUAAAACUUUCACAAAACUAGCCAACAUUGAAAGCUUCAUUCAUUAAAAUUUUGUUUACAAUCAGAAAUUCAAAAAUAAA